UGAAAUAUUAAAUAGGAAGUCACAAUUGUGCACGAAAAAUUAAUCAGGCAUAAUAAUGACAAUGAAUUAUUUAAAUGCAGUCAAUAUUAUUAGCAAACAAUGAUAAUGAUCGGGUGGAAAUUUUUCUGUUCCUUCAAGCGUGAACGCUUUCGUUUUCGUAGGACUGAGAGUCAGUCACGUCAGCUCCGGGCUUCGCACCCCCGAUGUAGCUCGGCACCGUUCAACGUCCUAUUAGCUGUUAGCUCAGUCGUUUCUCGGACACCACGUACCGUCCACGCCUUCGGACAAUGCGAAGAGCGCGUAUUCCACACCAAUGAACAUCAUGAAUAUCAAGUUUAUCUGCAUAUCACUAGUGACGCUAGCCUUGAUUCUGAACGUUAACGGGAAGAGGCCCAAGAAGAAACGCAUAAGUCUCGAAGCUACCGAAUCAACCCCACAACCCAAUGUUGUGACAUACUCGACUUUUGGAUUUAAAGAUGUUGGAGCAUACGAAGGAUUUGUGCCCAGUUCGCCUGACUAUGCCACUUACUUGACUGGCAAUAGCCGAGAUUCUUCGACGCGGUUGUACGCGCCAGCUUUCCCAUCAUCUAUAGAUACAACGGGACUAGGAAGUUUCUACGAUCCUCAACCAGAUGCAUCUUCGCACACCAUUUCUAGUGAUGGAUUUGAAACUCACGUGAAACCUUACCAACCUGUAUCCAUGAACUUUUUUACAUCACAAAGUUACGAUACAAACGGUGAACAAAACAAGAAUACUGGAACAAAAGAUGUAUAUGAUUUCAAUAAUUUCGACAGUAAUUCUCCUAUUUAUGGAACGAAACUAAGUUCUAAAGGUAAAAUUAAAAACUUCGGUAAUGUAAAUUCAACGGAUUAUAACAUUUUCAAUAGUGUUUCUUCAGCUAUAAAUGGUAAUACAGCAGACACGGAUAACGUAAGUAAUAAUAAUUAUUAUCCUCAAGUGUCACCCGGGCAAUCCGAUGCUGAAAAAUCGGUAAAGGGGUCUUUGGAUACUACACAAUUAAAAUUUCCCAAGGUAGUUGAUUUUACUAAUAUAAAAAAUUAUUACCCAACAAGCGUAGAGUCAAAGUUUACAGAAUCAAUGCAUAAACCAUACCACUUAGACAUAUUUAAUAACGGAGUUAGUAACGUACAUUUAAAUCCUUCAUAUGGAUCAUUGGAUAAUAAUAAAUUUAAUACUAAAGAUAAGGAAGAGCAGCCGUAUAGUGAUAAAUGGAACUUUAAGAAUGAGAAAAUUAAUUCCUUUAUAAAAACAGAUGAGAAAACUAUACCAGAAGUAAAUUCAUUAAAAAAUGAAGAUGUCUCUGAAAAUUAUCCGAUUAACUUUAACAACUUUAAAAAGAACAAGUUCAAACAUGAUUACAAAGAUAAAGUUAAAAAUAAGCAAUGGAAUACGGGUGUCGAAAAUAAUGUUAAUAAACACGGCAAUUCAAUGAAAGGGUAUGAGUAUUCUACAAACUAUAGUAAUACUAGUUUUAAGUAUGACUCUGAAUUGCCGAAAAGACCUUUCAAUAGUAGCAUAGAUGAAAUUGUCCCCGCCAGCAGUAAUCUCGAUUUCGUUGAUUAUCAAAUUCCGGAUAAAGAAUACUCUUCAUCCUAUAAAACAUCAAAUAUUAAAUCUGUGUAUAAUUUUGAUAACGACAACAUAUUUUCUGUAUCUAAAAACAAAUAUAAAUUACCAGAAGAUAACUUUAAUGGCUUUAAAAGUUCAUUUACAACACCUGCAACGACCUCGCAUUGGGGAAGUAUAUUUAAGGACACCGAGUUUUCUUCUUUCAAAAGUCAUCCCAAAAAACCUUCGUUCAAUGACGAACUCAAUGAUGACAUCGUACAUAUCCCAAAGCGACAACCGAGCCUCGACUUUGAGAAGUACUUUGAAAAUAAACCAAGUGAUUGGGGUUUUCUUGAUAGCUAUAAACCGUAUAAACCUGUAAAAAGUAGAGAUCAGUACGAUUGGACGACAAAAGAACUGAACAAUAGAUAUAAAUCCGAAGAAGAUUUGUUGGGGCUAAGGAAUCACGACACAUCGCAUCCCUCCUACGUGCCAUCCUUCAAGCCAAAUUACAACUUUGACGAAGAUGUCGAUUACAAAAAGCUCGCCGCAAAAUGGAAGCAGAACUUCCUGAAGGCGAAAUACAGAGACUCCAUACGUGAAUACGAAUCAUUUGCAUCAGAACCGAAACCAGUUCACGUUCCACUUCCGAAACCUUACCCGAUAGAAGUUCCACAUCCGGUUGUAGUACCGGUGCCGCAGCCAUAUCCGGUUAGAGUACCGAUUCCAAAACCAGUCGCCGUGCCGGUUAUUCGUGAACUAACCGUGCCGGUUGAGAAGCCCGUGCCGUACCCGGUCAUCAAAAAGGUCCCUUAUCCUAUAGAGAAGCCUGUACCGGUACCUGUUAUAAAACAGGUUCGAGUACCAGUGAUAAAACCAUAUCCAGUGCACAUUCCACAAAUCCGACCAGUGUUCCACCACACUAAACCUCACGAGGAAAGGGAUACAGAUCCCUAUGAAGAGGACUAUGUUCCGCGACCAGACCCUGACCGGCCAUAUAACAAACGACAAAAGAAUUCUCGCAAGCGUCCAUCAUCCAACCCCAAGCGACCAUCGCGCGCUCCAUACCAAGAUCGCAGUAGAAGAAAAAAUCCUAAUCGGCGACCUUCCAGCUACCAAGACCAGAGACAAAGAAGACCAUAUAGGAAUAUGGAUUCCUCUGAAUACCGUUCUCCCCAUAGAUACCGGGACGAAUUUGAUGACUAUGACAGUGAUAGUGAUUUUGAGCGUUAUUGCAAAAGAACUGGUAAAUGUUAACACUUUAUAAGUGUUGAAUAAAAGCAGGCGUCAAUAUGCAGAAGGUCAUUAUGAAUAGUGAAUAUUUCAUAAAUUUUGCUGUUAGAGGAUGCCUGCGACUUCGCCUGCGUGAAAAUCAGUUUUUCACAAAUCUCCCCGUGAUUCAUUAUUUUUUCUGGAAUAAAUUUCAGCUAAAUCCCUUCGGUUUUUGUGAAAGAGUUACAAACAUAUAUUACAUAUAUAAUACACACACACACCUUUUGCGUUUAUAAUGGUACUUGGAUUUUCCGCGAAAAACUUAAAUCUUUUACGUAAAUUGCCCCGAAACCGGAGCAUUUUCAGUAGAUGUUAAAUCUACAAUGUGUCAUUGCGAAGUCAAAUUUUGUAAUGGGUGAUGCUGUUCCUCAUAUUCAUCAGGUUUUCGCGAUAAAUAGCAAAAUAAAUCAAAUAUUCACUUAAUCAAACUUACUGACAUUUAAGCACUUCAUGACUGGAGUCGGAAAAUCUUACGGUUGUUUUUUAAAUUCUUUAAGGAAAAUAUUUACAUCAUGCAGUUUAAUUUCGAGCCGAGCAAAAUUAUCAUUUUAGCAACUGUGAUGAUAACACCCAAGCUGUGGUGUGAAAAGUUUUUUACGACAUUUUUAAUAACAACAUGCAUUUCUUAUAUUAGUGUAAAUAUUAUAUAUUUAGUUAACUAGUAGGUUUAUAAGUGUUUCAUAAAUUUAACUGUUUAGUUUUAUAAAGCUAGGUCCUAUUUAUAUCUGCUUAUUAUUUAUUUUACAU